AUGGCACUCCGUUUUGACAAUCAGACAGUGGUUGUGACAGGUGUGAGCAACGGGCUUGGGCAUCUCUAUCCCACUUAUUUUGCGUCUCGUGGUGCAAACGUUGUGGUUCAUGACCACCGAAAUAAGGGACUUGUUGAUGCUGUGAUUAACAGUAUCGAAGGGGUAGGCGGGAGAGCGGUGGCUGACUACAGCCUUCCAGAAAACGGUGGCAAGGUAAUCGAAAAUGCAAUCAGGAAGUUUGGCCGGGUCGAUAUUCUGAUCAACAACUCUGGAUGUUUGAGCAACCCGAUCUGGAGCGAAACAAAUCAAGACGACUGGGAUACCCUGCUAAGGGAUAAUUUCAAAUUGUUAUACAAGUGUACUCACGCAGCUUGGCCAUAUUUCAAGAAGCAAAAGUAUGGGCGGGUCAUCUGUACCGCUUCAACGGAAGAGGGUGCGUCAGAAAAUUCAAUUUUACAGGACACCACAAAGUUCGGUCAGCUGGGCUUCAUACAAACUAUUGCGAGAGAAGGCGCAAAAUACAAUGUCCUUGCGUCCACUCUUGCCUUGCCAAGAAUCCCGAGUGAUGAGUCGAAGUCAGCGAGCAGCGUGCGAAAGGGUGUACUCUGCUCAUUGUCAACACUGGUACAUCGUUCAAACCAGAGCGAGACUGGACACCUCUACGAAGUACAUGGAACAAGGUGUCGAAAGUUACGUUGGCAACGAGCGGCAGGUACAUGGCUAAACCCUGACUCAGGGAUGUCUUCAGGCUCAAUUCUGAGUAGGUGGCAAGAUGUGAAUGACUUCUCAAAGCCAGAGUAUCCUUCGUCAUCGAGGGACUUCCAGCAAGUCGUAGCAACGACAAGGAACUUGCCGCCCAACUCGCCUGGAAAAAAUAUCACAUUUGAUGGAAAGGUUGUCCUCAUUACAGGUGCCGGCUCAGGGCUAGGUCGAGCAUACGCCCUGUAUUUUGGGAUGCUUGGAGCUCGAAUAAUUCUGAACGAUCUCAAAGAACCUUCGUCGGUUGCAGCAGAGAUCAGAAGUACUGGCGGUGAAGCCCACACUGUGACCUGUUCCGUCAGCGAAGGGUCUAGAAUCGUUGCCGAGGCAAUUCAAGCUUAUGGUCGGCUUGAUGUGAUUGUGAACAACGCAGGCAUUGUGCAAGACAAAUCUAUUGCCAACAUGACCGAUGACCUGUGGGAUUCCAUUCUGGACGUCCACUUAAAUGGAAUGUUCAAGGUCACCAAGGCUGCCUGGGAGCAUUUUAUACGGCAAGGCUAUGGUCGAGUGAUCAAUAUUUCCAGCACCAGCGGUAUCUAUGGUAAUUUUGGCCAGUCAAAUUACUCUCUCGCUAAAUGCGCAAUCGUUGGGUUCUCUCAGGCUCUUGCUCGAGAGGGUGCUCAGCACAAUAUUCUAGUAAACGCAGUGGCGCCCGUGGCUUCUACCCCGGGAUUGGCGGGCGCGAUUGAAGGAAGUAGCACAGCAAUACUACCACAAUACUCGGCUCCCUUUGUGGCCUUGAUGUGCUCUGACUCUGUCUCAUACCCAUCAACCGGGGGUGUAUUUGAGAUUGGUGGCGGUUGGCAUGCAAGGACGAGGCUAGAAGCCAAUAAAGGUAUUGACUGGCAGGACAACGACUGGUCAGCGUCUGAAUCAACGGGCACUGCAAUGCAGACGUUAUCAAAGUUCAAUGACGACGAUGCACAUCUAUAUCCUGAAGACGAAGGAAACGCCUUACAAAUCAUCAAUCAACACGCUCAGGAACUCAUUACGUUGUCAAGGAUAGAGAAGGUGAAACAGGCCCAGCCCGAAGGAUCACAUUUCAGCUAUACCAAAAAGGAUGCCAUCCUGUACAAUCUUACGGUAGGAGCUAGGAGGUGGGAGUUGCCCUUGGUAUACGAACGAGAUAAAGACUUCCAAGUCCUUCCAACCUUUGGCACAAUUCCCUGGUUUGGUGCGAAACUCCCAUUCACCUUCGGAGGGAUUCUCCCCGGUUGGAACCCACUGAAGCUUUUACACGGUGAAAUUUACCUCGAAAUUCGCAAGUACCCGAUUCCCCCGGAAUGCCAACUCAUCACAUACCCACGAUUGCUUCAUGUUGUGGACAAGAAGAAGGCAGCCAUUGUCACUGUUUCCUAUACGACUCGUGAUCGCGUAACUGGAGAAGACAUUUUCUAUAACGAAUCAUCCUCUUACAUCCGAGAUGCAGGCAAUUUUGGCGGACCUUCUGAUGCCCCGAGGAAGGGGAACUCAGUCGCUCUUUCCAACCUUCAGCCUUCGGGACCAGCUGAUUUCGAGCGUGAAGAGACAACUACAGCUGAGCAGGCGGCUUUCUACCGUCUGAAUGGCGACACCAACGACCUGCAUAUCGAUCCAGCAGUAGCCCAUCGGAGUGGAUUUCAGCGCCCGAUCCUCCACGGCCUGUGCUUUUUCGGUAUUUCAGGGAAACACAUCUUCCAAAGAUACGGCCCUUACAAGAACAUCCGGGCUCGCUUUGCGGGCACAGUUGAGCCGGGGCAGACCCUACGAACAGAGGCUUGGAAAGCCGUCAAAGAUAAUGUUGUUUUAUUCCAGACUCGAGUCGUGGAGACUGGGAAACUGUGCAUUACCGGAGGUCAAGCGGAGCUUCGCGGUCCCGAGGCGAACGAGAAGUGUAGACUAUAG